UGUUUGCUGGCGGUUUGACUGUGGACACAAAAAACUGCGAAAUCCAGGAGAAGGACAGCGCCCAGAAUAACUGUAAACCUCUGCAAACUGCGGCCGGCGCCGUGUUGAAAUGGGACUGCGGUCGUCUCCUCCGGGUGGUCGGGCGUUCAGACAGAGGACAUGUCCUUCAGUUUGUUAAAGCCACAGUGCUCCACUCUUCGAGCAUGCCACAGCAGUGAUAAUAUCUCCAACAGCACUGUUUGAUCCAAGAGAAACGUGCCUUGUAAGGAAGCAGGAUGUUCACAGGCUCCACCAAACUGCCACCCACUAAAACCCCCCAGCCCGAGCGGCUGGAUGAAGUGUACGCUGCCUUACGCAGAGGCUUACAGUCGUACCUGCAGGUCCACCAGCUGGAGCUGGACAGUCUGGGUCAGCAGAUCAGAGAAAACAAGAGGAACGGUCGCUUGGGGUCUUUGUAUGAGUUGGAUAAGCAAGUGAAAGCCAUAGAGAGGUUCAUGCGUCGCUUGGAUUUCCACCUCAGCAAGGUCGAGGAACUGUACGAUGCUUAUUGUAUACAGCGCCGACUGCGUGAUGGAGCGAGUAAGAUGGUGGCAGCGUUUAACUCGGCCACUGGCAGCAGGGAGGCCAGAGAGAGUCUGAGUGAAGCCAACAAGGGCUACAGGGAAUGUACAGAGCACAUGUGCUCACUUGAGAGUGAAAUAGAAAGCCAAAUGGGAGAAUUUCAUGUCAAGAUGAAGGGCCUGGCUGGAUUCGCACGGCUGUGUGCCGGUGACCAGUAUGAGGUCCUCAUGCGCUAUGGAAGGCAGCGCUGGAGGCUACGAGGCCGCGUGGAAGUCAGCAACAAGCAGAUCUGGGACAGCGAGGAGUACGUUUUCUUGCCUCUUAUCACAGAACUGCUAUCAAUCAAGGUGACGGAGCUGAAGAGCCUGGCCAAUCACGUGGUGGUGGGCAGCGUGUCCUGCGAGAUGCUCGAUCUGUUCUGCCCCCUCCCCCAGACGCUUGCUGUGGAUAUCAACGACCUCGGGACGGUGAAACUGAACCUGGAGGUCACCUGGAGUCCGUUUGAUAAGGAUGACCAGACUUGCUCCACCAGCACAGUUUCUAAACGGCUUCUGUCCAAUCAGAGCCCUCCGGACACGCCCUCUAUGCGAGAGCAGGUGUUCUAUUCUCUGCUGAAGCGUCAGGGUGAAAUGGAGAAUGGAACGGUCUGGUCCAACUCCUCUGAGUCCUCCGAUGACUCCUCCAGUCCGGCUCUGGCUCAUCACACUCAGAGGCUGACGGCCUCCAACAUGCUGCAAACCACUCUCACCACUCAGCUGUCGUUCACGCCGCACAAGUCCAGCGCGUCAACGCCGUCGCUCUUGUCCAACCAAGAGGAGGACGAGACGGAAGCCGGCGAGGUCUUCUCUCAGACAGACGCUGUGCCCAACGGCCAUCUGCAGACUUCCUGCUCUCACAGCCUCGUCAGAGGGAGCAGCCCAGACUGUACCGCGACUGACAGAGCAUCUGUCCAGUCAGAGGACCUCUCAGAAACCUCAGCAGACGGGAGCAGCUCAUGCCCCGAUGUCUCCUGUGUACCUCCUGUGUUGUUGGUGGAAAGUGCAGAUGUGUCUGCAGAGGUGGUGAAGGAUCUUCCAUAUGAGGAUUCAUCAGUAAAGACUGAAGCAAUAACAGAAAACAACACAGCUGAAGCAGCAGAGGGACGCCAAGUAGAUCAAAGUCAGCCACCUGAGUCCGUCCAGGAGUUAAACCAACCAGAAGAUGCUCCAACGGUUCCUUUUCCUACUUCUAUUAGUUUCACUCAAGAAGUUGAGACGGCUCUUGAAAGUUUUGACUUUCUCAACUGCUCUGAUCUUGAUGAAGAGGAAGAGGAGGGGGAAGAUGAGGAAGAACAGACAGAUGAGCAACAACAAAAAGAUGAGCAACGACAAAAAGACGAGCAGCAAGAGACAGAUGAGCAACAACAAAAAGAUGAGCAACAACAGAGAGAUGAGCAACAGGAAGAUGAAAAACAAGAAGAAGAUGAAAAACAGGUGGAUGAACAGCUGCAGAAAGUGGAGGAACAACAGGUGCAGAAAGGAGAGAAAGAAGAGCUGGAUAAGAAAUCUGAAGAGGACCAAAACCAAAUGGAAGAGGAGAAAACAGAGGAAGAGGAAAAGAAUGUGGAGAUCUUCUACUCUGGAGGAAGUGAUGAGGAGGAGGCAGGCAGUCUUGAGAUCCUUAUGGAGGCUCCAGAAGGGUUUAGGAACUCAGAUGAAGAUCGUUUCUCAGAAUCACAGGAGUCGAGUGUGGGUGAUGUGCAGGAUUUGGGUCAGAUUGAAGUUCCUGAGGAGAAGGAGGAGCACAGCGAGGACAAGGGAGAUGGACAACACGGAGAGGAACCAUCACAUGAUCAGGAGGAGCGUCCCUCCACUCCCAGCCAUUUGGCCACUACUGUCUUCUGAUGACGCAGUGGAACCACGCUGAAUCCAUUUCUCCCACUCUGAAUUACUGGUGCCAUCUCUCACUUACACUGCGGGACCGGAGGCCUUGAGGAUGUUUCACUUAUUGCUCAGACAAACAAGCUCUUCCGUUAUGGCGGAGUUUGUGCACACAUUUGCCUUGUUCUGAACAAGAACGCUAAACCUCAAGGUUGUCGACUGACAGUCCGACAGUAAUCAUUCUUUUGACAUUUCAUCAUGUUGCCUGGAUUAGAGGUGGAGUCAGUGAUUCUAAUCUGAUGCAUUUUUUUGUCAAAUUUAGUGAAAAUUUCCUCAUGGUGUGCUGUCUGUCUGUUUAGUACAGUGUUUGUACACAGCCCUGCCUCUGUAAAUGAGAAACAAAGUGACUUGGAUGGAUCCAAAGCACUAUUCUAGGACAGGAUGAAGUGGGGCUGUGGGAGUGAGAGUGACGGUUAAUAUGCUAACAAGCUAAAUGUCAACAAUCGUUCUCCAGAAUUGCAGACUCCACCUUUAAAGCGCGACGCCACUUAAGUUUACACUUUGAUCAACUGCUCCUGUCAUGUGAAAAAUCUGUGUCCAAAAUGUCAGCAUUUCAGGAACAGCUAUAAGAGCGGCCUUGUUUUUGGCUUUAUUACAGUGCUUUUUAUUUUCAAAGUAAUCAUUUUGAAAUGGUUUUAUAAGUUCAAGUUUGUCUUUUCAAUUUACAGUGAAGCAUACAAUCAGUUACUGAGCUGCGUUACAAAGAUAUCAGUAUUUGUGGAUAUGAAAAACUCCAGAGGUUAUGAGUGACAGUGUUGAAUCGGUGUACAGCCCACAGCUCUUUCCUUGUUAGAGGCAAAUACUUCAUGAGCAUGUGAUGUUUGUCUGGGGACAUUGAGUCAUUUCCAAACCAGGAAUGUACCCUGAAAACGAAGAGGACCAUUCAUUUUAGGCAUCAGAGACAGUUAAUGAGAAAAUUUACGCUUGGAUUUAAUGUUCAUAGCCGUACCUGAAUGAACAUGUCGUUAUGUAAACACUUGAGAGGUAGAAGUUUCUCUUCAGAACUCGUUCUGGUUAAACCAGAGAACAAUCUGCAGUGUGGAACUAUAUUUAAACCUGCAUGUGUAGCUGCCUCACGCUGCCAGCAUGUCUGUAUAAAAAGCUCAACUGAUAAGUGUGUAAGCUAGGCUCCGCUCCAAGGAAGCCGUCUGAUCUGUAACUGUGUCCAAAAGCUGCCUCGAGGGGGCGCUAUAGUCUUUCAGCGUCAUGCUUCACAUGUUUCUUCAAAAGCCUCGUCAUUCAGAAAGUGCCUCAAGUGACAAGAGAUGUAAGGAUUUAAAAUGCCAUGACAGGAGAGAUCAGGCAAAAGAUGACAGUGUUUAUUUUCGGAAUUACUUUGAGUGUGCACAAUAAGAGAUAUUUACUGUUUCAUAUAAAGAAUUGUAUAUGUCUUCAAAUGUUUAUGUUCAGAAAUGUUUAAACUUUAUAAAGGUUUCUUUAAAAUUAA